AGCUCAGGGUAUCUAUUGCAACACUAAUAUGCCAACGACAUCCGGUAACAAUGGAAUACUGUAAUCCGGAGGACCAUUGUUAAGUGGUAUGUUUCCCUAAAUAAACAUGUCAGAUAUAGUUGAUAGAAAUACUGGCCUGCUUCUUAGGAUUUAUUGAAGAACCCGUAUUUAUCCUUCAAAAGAAAUUACUGGAAUACACUGGACUUUUUGUCUCGACAUCAGCUCAGUAGCAAACUACCACCAUGUCGACUGCUGUCAGGGAUUCUGCCCGUGUCCCGGUAAGAGUUGCUGGCGAUGGCAUGGAAACCGAGAAAACGCCCUCCACCCCGGAGCUCAGCAUCGACACAUUGCCCUCGUGUCUCUCUGCUGCUCCCUCGAUCAAAGUGGCAAACCCCAAACACAGCUCCAAGUCUUGCAGUCCUCCUCCCCCUGUUUCCCCACAGCCCCUUGGGGUUCUCCACCUGGGCAAGGUGGGGAGGGAGGCCUGCACGGAGGUGGAGGCCAUAAGGAUUGUCGUCCCUCGUGCUGCCAUAAGUAGAAGCAGCCGUCUUACCGAGGCGAAGGUAGACGUGGGACAACAGGGGGAAGAGCGAAGUUCUUCCCCGCAGCCAUCGGUGGAUGAUUGGAGAGGACAGCUUGAGAAGCUUCAAAACUCUGAACGCAGGCUUCUACAAGACAAGGAGGGCCUCUCCAAUCAACUGCGAGUGCAGACCGAGGUGAACCGUGAGCUCAAGAAACUGCUGGUGGCGUCCAUGGGUGAUGACCUGGAAUAUCAGUUUGAGCGUCUGGCACGCGAGAAGAACCAGCUGAUUCUGGAGAACGAGGCUUUGGGUCGCAGCUUGUCGCAUACGGCCGAGCAGCUGGAGCGCAUGAGUAUCCAGUGCGAUGUCUGGAGGAGCAAGUUCCUGGCCAGCAGAGUGAUGGCAGAGGAGCUGACAAAUGCCAGAGCAGCUCUGCAGCGCCAAACCAGAGAGGCGCAAGGAGCCAUUCAGGACCUGUUGUCGGAGAGGGACGUGUUCUCCAGGGAAAUGCUGCUAACUCACAGAUCUCUGGAGCAGCUCCUGGUGUCUCUGCAGUGGGGCAGGCAACAGACGUACUACCCCAGCGCGCAGCCGCUCAGCACGGGCGAGAUGGCAGCAGCUAAUUACAAACUAGCGGACGCCAUCAACUCUCACCUGUUGGGCAACGCCCGCAGCGGUGCGGUCAAGAAAAGCCUCGCAGCAGCAGAGCAGCUGUGCAGCACACCGGCGGAGAAGAUGGCCGAGAAGGUGCUGAAGAUUUUAGAUCCCAUUUCCUGUGCGGAAAACAAGACAGAGUCCGCGCUCAGUGACUCGCCCCCGCCAAACUUUCUGAGCAACAAGAAGAGCAUCGGCAGGUUUCACCCGUACACUCGCUAUGAGAACAUCACGUUCAACUGCUGCGAGCGCUGCACCGGAGACAUCCUCGUGCUCUAAUCGUGCGGCUGCAUGCAAGUCUCUCACAUCGGCAUCUUUUGGGAGAAUUUGGUGCUUUUCGUAUUUUAGAUUCAAGUCUUUUGAUUAUUGGAUGA